UCUGGCACUCGUAAGUCUAGAUUCCUCUCAUUUCGUGUGCUCAUAUAAUGGUCGCAUAGCCCUUCUUCAUUGCUCUUCGUCAGUGCAGCCCCAGUAACAGAUCUUUGGAAAGUUAUGGACCAUCCUUCUCCAAAGGUCAUUCUCCCUCUUCUCCACUGUCCUCUUUGCUCGUCAUCUCGUCCUCUAACAGACCCAACCACUCUACGAUGUGGUCACACCGUCUGUUCAUCACAUAUGUCCUCAGAUUUAUGCCCAAUCCCAACUUGUUCAUCUACUCCAGCAAGCUUCACGCCUACUAUUCCACCUGGUUCUCGAGUCGCGUUCUUUCCAGCGACUACCGAAAGCCGUACGAGUUCUCCUGAACCAGCUGAACGAAGAAUUGAUGUCAAAGUGAGAAAGCUGGUGGAAUUAGUAAUCAAGGCCGCAGAGGAUGAGGCCGAGCAGUCUGACCACCUCGUGGACACCUAUUCUGACUCUGGAGACGAUUCCGAUAGCGAACAGCAUGAGCCGGUCGCCUUUCCGUUGUCCCCGUCAUCGACUGACCGUCCCGUGACACCUGUCUCUGGCUCCUCCCCUACGUCAACAGGCUCUUCUCGACCACGGAAGCGGCGUCGACGUCAUACGUCCGAUUCACAUUUACCGGAUUUUCAUCCUUCUGACCCUGAGGCUAUAUCGCUAGCCGAAUUUGACAAGAACCUCACUACGGAGUUGACGUGCGAGAUCUGUUUUAUGCUGCUUUACCAGCCUAUCACAACGCCUUGUCAACAUACUUUUUGCUCUAAAUGCUUACAGAGAUCGCUAGAUCAUAGCUUGUUAUGUCCACUAUGUCGCGUGGAAUUACCUGGCUUCGCUUACUUUCAUGAACACUCGUAUAACAAAGUUGUCCUUGCUCUUCUGCUCAAAGCUUACCCUGAGUCCUAUGACGCAAGGGGACAAGCAAUUGCGACAGAAGAGCGCGACGCACGUUUAGACACGCCAAUUUUCGUUUGCCAACUAUCCUUUCCGGGAAUGCCAACACUCCUGCAUUUCUUCGAACCACGCUACCGGCUUAUGCUCAGGCGUUGUCUCGAGGCUCCAACACCGACUUUGGGCAUGAUAAUGCCUCCACGUGCAGCACCUGUUGCCAGUCUCGGCGUUGAUGCGGGUGCAGAUUUUGGUACCAUGCUUGAGAUCCGCAGUGUGCAGAUGCUGCCAGACGGGCGGAGCAUGGUGGAAACCCGGGGCACGCAUCGGUUCAGGAUACUCGAACGCGGAUCUCUAGAUGGGUAUAUGAUCGGAAGAGUGGAACGGAUCGACGAUUAUGAAGACCUUUCUGAUGACUGGGAGUCUGAGAUCGAGGAGAACGUUGAUUCUUCGUCAUCCGCAUCAUCAUCGUCUGCUUCUAGCGCCUCGGGUCAUGCACCAUCAUCUCCACAACUUUUUUCGCGCAUCAUGUCGAACCUGUCACCACCUUCUCCCACUAAUCCACCUCUGAGCACCGCCGCGCUCCUUCAAACGUGUCACACGUUUCUGGAGCAGCUGCGUGCAGGUACUGCACCGUGGGUAGUUCAGCGUCUAAACCACACAUACGGUCCGCAGCCGCCUGACGAGAACCCUGAUGCAUUCUCCUUCUGGAUAGGUAUGGUGCUCCCGAUAGAUGAGCAUGAAAAGGCCAAAUUGUUACCCAUUAAAAGCGCGCGACUCCGUCUGCGGAUGGUCGUAGGCUGGAUCGAACAGUUGAAUAGUAAUUGGUGGGUGCUGCACCUUAUUUUACCCCUAUCCCGCUCUUGACUGUGACUCGAUGGUUAGGUGGUUUUCGCGUGGAUGCAUUGUAAUUUAGCCUUGUUCCUUCACAUCAUAUUUUCUUACUACACCAUAGAAUCAGCCUGA